AUGACUUCUCUUCAAACAUAUCAAGUUAUUGAACAACCGAAAGAUAAUAACUAUGAUUUCAUUUUUGAAACUGAUGAAAUAAUGAAUAAUACUGGAGCUAUAAAAUUACAACGAAAUGCCAAAGCAAAUCGAAAUAUUGUGUGUCUUACUAAAGUUCCAUUUCCUCCAAAUUUAACUGAAGAAGAUCUAAUAAGACCCAGAAAUGACAAAUGUGACAAACACAAAGUACCUAAUAAAUUUUUUAUAUACAGAAAAUGGUAUACCAUGUGUUUGAAUUCCGAUGAAAAGAAAAAUGAUCAAACGUCAAUUUCUCCUUAUAUUUCUGAACAAUGGAGAAAUGAACCUCAAGAAAUUAAGGAUUAUUAUGCUGUCUUGUCUAAAAGUGCGGGUAAAUUGUUCAAAGAAAGAUAUGGAACUGAUGGGUUUAAAAGAAAAAGUCCAAAAUCAUUAUUUGUUCAGGCUCCAGGUUUCUCAAGUUCAUCUCCUGAAUCUCAAACAUCUCAUUCUCCAGAACAGCCGUAUACAUAUGAUUAUUUGGAUCCUACAAAUAAUAAUAUGUGGGGAAAACUGGAUAUAAUGUUCAUUAACUCUUUAAAUAAAAAGAUACCAGCUACUAGUUUAGAAACUAUGGCAUUUCCAGUUUUUAAUGGAAAGGCAUCAAGAAUUUUCAGAACUACACCUACAGAUUCAUUAUAG